GGCUCCUGCCCCCGCCCCUGCCAGCCCCUCCCUCCCCCGCUGCCAGGCGGAGCCGGAGCCCAGCUCAUUGCGGAGCGAAGCGGCAGCCGCGAUGGCAACCACCGUGACCUGCACCCGCUUCACCGACGAGUACCAGCUGUACGAGGAAAUUGGCAAGGGGGCUUUCUCGGUCGUGCGACGCUGCGUCAAACUCUGCACCGGCCAUGAGUACGCAGCCAAGAUUAUCAACACCAAGAAGCUCUCUGCAAGAGAUCAUCAGAAGUUGGAGCGCGAAGCCCGGAUUUGCCGUCUCCUGAAGCAUUCCAACAUCGUGCGUCUCCACGACAGCAUCUCCGAGGAGGGCUUCCACUACCUCAUCUUUGAUCUGGUCACUGGUGGGGAGCUCUUCGAAGACAUUGUGGCCCGGGAAUAUUACAGUGAGGCCGAUGCCAGUCAUUGCAUCCAGCAGAUCCUGGAGGCUGUUCUCCAUUGCCACCAAAUGGGGGUCGUCCACAGAGACCUCAAGCCCGAGAACCUGCUCCUGGCCAGCAAGUGCAAAGGCGCGGCGGUGAAGCUGGCGGAUUUCGGCCUGGCCAUCGAGGUGCAGGGGGAUCAGCAGGCUUGGUUUGGGUUCGCCGGCACCCCCGGUUACCUCUCGCCCGAAGUGCUGCGCAAAGAAGCCUAUGGCAAACCCGUGGAUAUCUGGGCAUGUGGUGUGAUCCUUUACAUCCUGCUGGUUGGUUACCCACCCUUCUGGGACGAGGACCAGCACAAACUGUACCAACAGAUCAAGGCUGGUGCCUACGACUUCCCUUCUCCCGAGUGGGACACGGUCACCCCCGAAGCCAAAAACCUCAUCAACCAGAUGUUAACCAUCAACCCGGCCAAAAGAAUCACAGCCCAUGAAGCCCUGAAACACCCAUGGGUCUGCCAACGCUCCACCGUGGCCUCCAUGAUGCACAGGCAGGAGACCGUAGAGUGUCUGAAAAAGUUCAACGCCAGGAGAAAGCUCAAGGGGGCGAUUCUCACCACCAUGCUGGCCACGAGGAACUUUUCGGUCGGCAGACAGACCACCGCUCCCGCCACAAUGUCUGCAGCCGCCUCCGGUGCCACCAUGGGGUUGGUGGAACAAGCAGCCAAGAGCUUACUGAACAAGAAGGUCGAUGUUGGCAAGCCACAGACAAACAGCAGCAAAGGCGGUGCCGGGGUCACCAGCCCGAAAGGAACCCUCCCACCAGCUGCACUGGAGCCUCAAACCACCGUUAUCCAUAACCCCGUGGACGGCAUUAAGGAAUCGUCCGACAGCACCAACACCACCAUAGAGGACGAGGACACGAAAGCCCGCAAGCAGGAAAUCAUCAAGAUCACCGAGCAGCUGAUCGAGGCCGUGAACAACGGGGACUUCGAGGCUUACGCGAAGAUCUGCGACCCAGGCCUGACGUCAUUCGAACCCGAAGCCCUGGGCAACCUGGUCGAGGGGAUGGACUUCCACCGAUUCUACUUCGAAAACCUGUUAUCGAAAAACAACAAGCCCAUCCACACAACCAUCCUGAACCCCCACGUGCACGUGAUCGGGGAGGACGCCGCCUGCAUCGCCUACAUCCGCCUGACGCAGUACAUCGACGGGCAGGGCCGCCCCCGCACCAGCCAGUCCGAGGAGACCCGCGUCUGGCACCGCCGCGACGGCAAGUGGCAGAACGUCCACUUCCACUGCUCGGGGGCGCCCGUGGCACCGCUGCAGUGAAGAGCUACCGCUGGCUGUUUUGGUUUCAUCCCGAAGGAGACGGUGAUUUGAGCUGAGCCGCUAGCCGGGAGCAGCGGUGCCAAGCACGCGCCCGCAUGCACGUGUCCCCCCCUCCCCCCGCCCCUUUCCAGUGCCUGUGUUUGCAGAAAAAAACCCAACAAAACCAACAAAAAAAUCAACAGCAACAAAAAAAACCAACCAAUCAACCCCGCCCCGAGCCCAAGCCCGGCCGUGACCUCUCCAGACCCAGCCGCCCCCUCUCCCCAGCCCCCCCCGUGUCCGUCCAGCCAGGUGAACAGGUGUUGCGAUGAAAAUGUUCCAAAACUCUGAUACAAACCUUCCUUCCAAAGCCCCGCGCCGCCCGCCCCCCGCGCUGCCCGCCCCCGCACUGAGCGGCGCUCCGCCGAGACGACUUGCAUUCUCUGUCGAAGCAUGGACCUUCCCCGUGGUCGUGUCCCGUGGUCGUGUUUGCGCUUGGACAUCUGUGACCUGUUUUUCGAACCGUUCCUCGACAGCGGACUCUGCUCCCGAGCGCUCGGGCAUCCCCGGAUCUUCCCCUUCUAGCUGUGCUUGUGGAUUGUUCUGAUGACGAUGACGAUGAUAUUACUAUUCUU